GAGGCAGGUGCGCGGCGAGGACUACAAGUCCCAGCAUGCCCAGCUGCCCUGACCCGGCCCCUGCUGCCACUUAAAGGCUCCGGGAGCCGCAGCCGUCGGGUCGCCGCGGCUUUCGCUUUGCUGCCGCGGUAGGGCGGGCGGGAGCAGCGAGCUCGGUCGCCGGCUUUCCUCGGUCGCCGGCUUUCCUCGCGUCCGAGCUCCGGCACCGCCGAGGGGCGCUCCUCGUGCAGCCCUCCCGGCUCGGGGAUUCCCUUCCGAGGCGCCCGCGCCCCCGGGCUCCCCGCCUCGGCCACCCCGCGGCCCCGAUGCCGAGGCAUGGAUAGAGCGGCAAGGCGCGCGGCGGCGAUGGGGGAGAAGAAGGAGGGCGGCGGCGGGGGGGCCGCGGCGGCCGCGGAGGGGGGCGCCGGGGCCGCGGCCAACCGGGCGCUGCAGCAGUGCGGGCAGCUCCAGAAGCUCAUCGAUAUCUCCAUCGGCAGCCUGCGCGGGCUGCGCACCAAGUGUGCGGUGUCCAACGACCUCACCCAGCAGGAGAUCCGGACCCUGGAGGCGAAGCUGGUCCGGUACAUUUGCAAGCAGCGGCAGUGCAAGCUGAGUGUUGCUCCUGGUGAGAGGCCCUCAGAGCUCAACAGCUACCCUCGCUUCAGUGACUGGCUAUACACCUUCAAUGUGAGGCCGGAGGUGGUGCAGGAGAUCCUCCGCGAGCUCACACUGGAUGCCCUGCUGGACAUGAACGAGGCCAAGGUGAAGGAGACACUGCGGCGCUGCGGGGCCAGUGUGGAGGAGUGUGGCCGCCUGCAGUACGCCCUCACCUGCCUGCGGAAGGUGACAGGCCUGGGAGGGGAGCACAAAGACGACUCAGGCUGGAGCUCGUUGGAUGCCCGGCGGGAAAGCGGCUCAGGGCUUUCCACAGAUAGCCUCUCACCAGCCAGCCUGCCCUGGCCCACGGGGAGCGCCCAGCUGGGCAGAAUGGGCAGCAGUGCCCAGGGCCCACGCUCCAUCUCCGUAUCAGCCCUGCCCACCUCGGACUCCUCAACCCCGGGCCCCAACGAGGGCCUCACAGACACCUACAUGCCCCUGCAUGCCAGUGGCCGGCUGACCCCCCGUGCCCUGCACAGCUUCAUCACCCCCCCAACCACGCCCCAGCUGCGACGGCACACCAAGCUGAAGCCGCCACGGACGCCGCCCCCACCCAGCCGCAAGGUCUUUCAGCUGCUGCCCAACUUCCCCACACUCACCCGGAGCAAGUCCCACGAGUCUCAGCUGGGCAACCGCAUCGAUGAGGUCUCCCCAAUGAGGUUUGAUCUCCCGCACGGAUCCCCACAGAUGGUACGGAGGGACAUCGGGCUCUCGGUGACACACAGGUUCUCCACCAAGUCCUGGCUGUCGCAGGUGUGCCACGUAUGCCAGAAGAACAUGAUGUUCGGAGUGAAGUGCAAACAUUGCAGGUUGAAGUGUCAUAACAAGUGUACAAAAGAAGCCCCCGCCUGUAGAAUAUCCUUCCUUCCAAUAUCUAGGCUUCGGAGGACAGAAUCUGUCCCUUCGGACAUCAACAACCCGGUGGACAGAGCAGCCGAACCCCAUUUUGGAACCCUCCCCAAAGCACUGACAAAAAAGGAGCACCCUCCAGCCAUGAACCACCUGGACUCCAGCAGCAACCCGUCCUCCACCACGUCCUCCACGCCCUCCUCGCCGGCCCCCUUCCCGACGUCGUCCAACCCAUCCAGUGCCACCACGCCCCCCAACCCCUCGCCGGGCCAGCGAGACAGCAGGUUCAACUUCCCAGCUGCCUACUUCAUUCAUCAUAGACAGCAGUUUAUCUUCCCAGAUAUUUCAGCAUUUCCGCAGGCAGCCCCACUCCCCGAUGCAGCGGACAGUACCCGGCUCGAUGACCAACCCAAAGCAGACGUGUUAGAGGAUCACGAAGCAGAGGCCGAGGAGCCGGAGGCUGACAAGUCGGAGGCAGAAGACGACGAGGACGAGGUGGAUGACUUGCCAAGCUCCCGCCGGCCCUGGCGGGGCCCCAUCUCUCGCAAGGCCAGCCAGACCAGCGUGUACCUGCAGGAGUGGGACAUCCCCUUUGAGCAGGUGGAGCUGGGCGAGCCCAUCGGGCAGGGCCGCUGGGGCCGGGUGCACCGUGGCCGCUGGCACGGUGAGGUGGCCAUCCGCCUGCUGGAAAUGGAUGGCCACAACCAGGACCACCUGAAGCUGUUCAAGAAAGAGGUGAUGAACUAUCGGCAGACGCGGCAUGAGAACGUGGUACUCUUCAUGGGGGCCUGCAUGAACCCACCCCACCUGGCCAUCAUCACCAGCUUCUGCAAAGGGCGGACGUUACAUUCAUUUGUGAGGGACCCCAAGACAUCUCUGGACAUCAACAAGACCAGGCAGAUUGCUCAGGAGAUCAUCAAGGGCAUGGGAUAUCUACACGCCAAGGGCAUCGUGCACAAAGAUCUCAAAUCCAAGAAUGUCUUCUACGACAAUGGCAAAGUGGUCAUCACGGACUUUGGGCUGUUCGGGAUCUCAGGCGUGGUCCGAGAGGGACGGCGUGAGAACCAGCUGAAGCUGUCACACGACUGGCUGUGCUACCUGGCUCCUGAGGUCGUGCGCGAGAUGACCCCUGGGAAGGAUGAGGACCACCUCCCGUUCUCCAAAGCUGCUGACGUCUAUGCAUUUGGGACUGUUUGGUAUGAGCUGCAAGCGAGAGACUGGCCCUUGAAGAACCAAGCUGCAGAGGCCUUGAUCUGGCAGAUUGGAAGCGGAGAAGGAAUGAAGCGAGUUCUGGCCUCCAUCAGCCUGGGGAAAGAAGUCACCGAGAUCCUGUCUGCCUGCUGGGCUUUCGACUUGCAGGAGAGGCCCAGCUUCACCCUGCUGAUGGAAAUGCUGGAGAAGCUGCCCAAGCUGAACCGGCGGCUCUCCCACCCUGGGCACUUCUGGAAGUCUGCUGAGUUGUAGGCCUGGCUGCCUCGCAUGCGCCCGGGGCUUUACUCCUAAUCGGCACUCAGCACCGCGACUUCUGCUCAUACGCAAACUGAGAUACGGGCACUAACAGGGGACGCCAUCUGUGCUGCUCCAGUCUUCUCUCCUGAGACUUCUUUUGCUUUGUUUGUUUUUAAAACCGGCCCCCUCCCUCUCCAUGGCCUGUGUGUGCCUGAGUAACUGAUCUCCAUGGAAGGCCCCCUAACAAAUCCUCCCCCCCCACUCCCCCCCGCAAGAACUGCCUCCGUGGAUACAAAUUCAUUCUUUCUAAGCUCUUCCUCUGCGGGGUGAUAUCGUUUUUUGUUUGGGUCGUCCUGUCUCCCUACUAACAGCUCAGAGAUCUGUUUUCUCCCCCCCCCACAUUGGCCUCCCAAUGGCCAGGUUCAAAGUACAGGGGAGGAGUUUUGCUUGGCUGUUAACCCGCAGGGAUCUUUUCCAACAAGGAGUGGGAUGAUUUCAGAGCUGCCCAGGGCCAGGCGCCUCUGGAGGGCUGGUGGUAGUGGACACCAAAAGUCCCAUUGCUGUGAAAGACACCAGCUUGGAAGAGCUGUGUACUUUGGAACACCCAGGAAUAUCGUCCUAAAGCAAAAGGGGUGGGGGGGGGGGUCUGUCUCCAAACAAUUUCACUAAUGAAAACAAAGCCGGUCCCCUCCCCCACCAACGUUACUCACAUCUGCCGGGUACAGACGGAAAGUACCAGACCCUGAAUCAGCAGUUGUCAAGGGUUUGGCUGAUGGCUCGCACAGAGCCACUGCCCUGGUUACCAAGUGCAGAUGCCUGGGCCUCCCAACACCUGAAGCCACCCCUCUGGAGGCAGGCCCUGGGCACUCAUGUUCCCACCUGCUUCCCAGGUGGCCCUGAGGCAUCCCAGUGUUUGAUGACCAUUUCUAAGAGGAGCAUGUGAUGUCCCUGUCAGUCCUGGGGGGGUCAGAUUUCUCUUCUCCCAAUUCUACUUGGAGCGAGAGCUUUCCUGGGCUGCAAAUGAGAAAGCAGUUCCAAGGAGCACACAGCAGUUACGGGGCAUGCUGGGUGCUGGGGAUUCUGAGAUGGACAAGCCGCUGCCCUCCAGAAGGAGGGCGUGGCCGAGGCUUCGAGGCCACUGCUGCCCCCUGCCACCCUCCUGCGUCAGGUAUGACCAGGAGCAGCUCUGCCACGCACGGCUGUUAGCCAUGCAGUCACUCUCACUUCUUGGUGGGCUGGGUCCUGUGCUGAGCUCCUGGAACCGGCCCGCUCCUUAGCUAAUGUUACCCUGAUUCUGAUCAAGACCAGCGGGGCUAUAACCCUUGUUUUUGUUCCUCUUUGCAGCAUUAACAGCAGCAAAGUUGUACCCCGGUUUGAAAGGUUUGGCUUGGGCGUCCUGGAGUCCAGUAAUCCAAAGAUGUAGCCAGCCGUGCAGUUAUUCUGCUGAUUUCUUUCUUACACGUGUUUCUAAAACAUCCAAACCACCACCACAAACACAAAGCAACGCUCUUCGAAACGUCGGCCUCCCUCCUAAGUGCUGAAAACUAGGAGAGUGAGUCCUCGAUUCAGACUGUCCACAAAAAAAAAAAAAAAAGAAAAAGAAAACCCUCUCGGGUCCCAGAGAUGGAGCCGCACUUGCCCUUCUUAAGAUGACGUCACCAACAACCCGACCUGCCCUGACAGGCCGCAAAUGUUUACAUGUACGUGUCUGCGGAAUGAACGCAAUGUUUUACAAUAGGUAAUAAUAAAAAUGGGCUUCGCUGAGGCGUGCAGGCGCCGGUGGCCAGGAUGGCGGAAGUGGCCGUUCCCUCUGGCGGCCCCUGUAGGCGGUGAACUCCACCCCGGGCCAGAAGGAAGAAAAGCAUCAUGACUGUGGCUAUUCUUGUGGGAGGAGGGGGACCGUAAGGUUUCACCUGUCCUUUGCAUUGACCCCAAACCCUAGCAGUGGGGAAUCUCUCUCUGUAGGGGUCUCCCCUCAUCCUAUCAAAAGGACACUGUCCCUCCUUUUGCAGAGGAAACCCUGGCUAGGAACUGAUUUGGAUUAUGAGGGUCGGCAGUUCCCAGGUAUUGGGUUCACCUCUGACCCCUGUCAUCCAGCCCAUACCAGCUGGAGACGUAGAGACAGGUAAAAUCCAAGUAACAUCUGAACUGAUCCAGUGGUUUCCAACCAGGGUUUCCACUGUCUGUAGAGAUGUUUCUUUUAUGAGGUCCCCAGGGAGCCACCAAGGAGAUGGGAUGCAGGGCCUCGGCUUUUUAGACACAUCCCAGUCCCUGACUCACAUUUGACCCCAGAGCUAAGGCCCAGCAGCUGUGUGUACCAUGAAGGCUUGAUCCAUGAGAACAAGGAAGAUGGGGGGAGGAGGUAGCAGCAAUGGGUCCCUGAACCCACCCUCCCAGCCACAGGGUGAUCUGUCCCCUUAGAAGCCCAUUGGCAGUCAUCCUGAGGUUCUAGAACCGCCCACCUAUUCCACUCCCCCAGUCUUGUUGAAAGCCCUCAGCACACUCCUGGUUCCUCCACUGGCUAUGUUCAGAGCUAAGAUGGGAGGAAUGUGUCCCCCUUUCAUUUAGAGCCACCUAGCAAGCCCCCCAAUCUUCAGAGCCUUCCCAAGCACCAAGUCAAGCUGUUCGCUUGUGUCCAUUUGGACCAGAAGGAGGGACUUGGUUUGGGGAAGUCCAUGAUGUGAGAGCAUCUUGCCUUUCUUCACUGGAAGCUGUUGCCGAAAGAGAAAAGUGCCACAUGGCAAAGAAGCCCUUCAGUGGACAGUUAGGUCAUUAGGCUCCAAAGCCAAAAAUGACCAAGGGUGAUGAGAGUGGCAGUGUGGUUGGAUUCAGACCCGGAACUUGUAUCCCUGUUCUAAUCCAAAAUGGGGCAACAUUGUACUCCCACCCUUUCAUUGAGACCCACCUCGCAAAGAUCCCAGCCUUCGGAGCCCUCCCCGGUGACUGGCCUAAAACGUCAUAUGGAAUGGCCCACUCUGCCUAGAGGCUGUGGGCUGCCUUCCCCUCUCCUGGCCAGGCGCCCCUUGGUGGACCCCUGCUUGGAGAACACAGCUGUGAGGCAGUGCAAGGUACCUGGGCCUCCGCUGCCCAUCAGCACUCCAGACAUGAGCCCCUUACCCCUUCCCAGUCGGGGUGUGGGGAGGAAGACAGAGGAGCAGGAAACCAGCUGGGCUCAGCUCCGUAUGGUCUUCCCUGUAGGACUGUCCCUUCCGUCCCAUCAUGCCAGCCCUCUGUGUGAUCACCCCCACCCAAAGCCACAUGGUGUGUGACUGCCUCCUUUAGCUAAUUCACCUCCUCCCCACGGGUCUCCGCCUUCCCAGAGGUCACAGUGUGUGCGUCUUGGGCCUAUCAACCUUUCCCCUCUAAACCCAUGGCCAUGCUGGUGAGCCCAGGGAUUGGACAGCUGCUGAGCAAGUCAGGCUCAACACCUCUCCAGCCCUCUCAGCCCACAAGAGUCAGUCUGGGUCUUGUUUUUUCUCAUGAGUGUCACACUUGUGGUUCAGUUUGAGAGGCUUUCAUUGAGCACCUACUGUGUCUUGGGCAAGUGCUGGGGGGCCCGCGAUGGGAGCAGUCGCAGUCCCGGCCCUUAAGGAACUGGUACCUGCCAGGAACCCCAAGGGUGGAGCUGAGGGACUGGGGGAUAUCCCCUUCUCCAAGGCCCUGGGCAGCCUUCUGCUCUUGGCCUGAGCCUCUGCACUGCCUGUCGUUAAGAGACACGCCUGAGGAAAAUCCCCAGCGUGGUCCCCUUCUCCCUAUUUAAGUGACUGUGAAUGAGGUUAGGAAGACAUGCUUGCCCUUCCAUGUGCUCUCCCCGCCUGCCUCGGAAACACAUGAAGGAUGGCAGAUACUGUGAAUUCAGCCCUCAUGGCCAACUGUGAAGGGGGUGGAGAAGCCGGGAGGGUCUCCUUGGCAAGUGCUCUGGGGACUGCAGACGUCCCCACUGGGGUCUGAGUGGAGCCCACGCUUUGGCACUUCAGGGACUCCCAAUUCCCAGCCUCACCUCCAAAACUAGGGCCUGUGUCCCUGCUGCCUUUAGCCACCAGAGUCGCAGCCAUUGGGUCUCCAUCCAACCUGAGGUCUUGAAUCCCAGCAAGUUCCCAGUUCUUCGUGAGCAGUGUGUAGCAAAGUCCACCUCUCCGUGUCACCAAAUCCAAGCUGUGUGCAGGGCUCUGGAACCCCUCUGCCUUCUCAUGGCUUUCCUUCAUGUGAUCACAGAGGGGAGUGCCACGCCCUGGAAGCCUGUGUUGUUCUCAGGCGAAGACCCAAGAUUUGGGGUCUGGGUGGAGACGUAAAUGUGAAGCCGAAUAGGGAACUUAAGCAAUUCUACAACAUUGGCCGGGAUUUCAUCAGUGUGCAAACCCAGCAUCCCCUGUGGCCACAAGGCACACACUCGCUUUUUUGAAUGUGAUGUAAAAUUUGUACAGUAAAAGUUUUUAUAUUUUCUAUCAACUGCAUUUGUCUUCCAGAAAUGCUGUUAAUUUAAAUUAAAAUGGUUAGUAUUAAUGAACGUGCUGUAUCACUUUUUGUCACUGGCAAGAACACAUCCUCUGUGCCAGGCCAAGCCUGGGUGUCUGGAGUUUGAAUAAAAUUGUACCAAGGUG